UGUCUAUAAAAGGCAAUGGCUUUCCUAAUCUUCAGUCAAAAGUUCUUCUGUGCUCUCAACAAUGUUGCUCUUGACACUUCUUGCCAUCUUUGGCGCUUCGUCUGCAGCUCCUGGAUAUUAUUACUAUGGACCUCCUGCUUAUCAGAAAGUCUUCUGGUACAAUCAGGAACCUCUUCAGAGGCAGAUGACCUUCCAGUAUCAACCUCAAUGGAUGCAUCACCUUUCCUCCUCAUCAAAUGGUGGAGUUACGGCCUUUGUUGCUGGGAAUUCAGGCUCCACAGGAAGUGUUCUGGAAUCUUCUUCAGCAUCCUUGGAUGAAGUAUCCACAGCAAAUGCUGAAGAAUCCUUUGCAACUGCUGAAUCAGAUGAUGUGGAACUUUCACCAGUAGCAACAGAAGUCACAAAAGUUGCAACAGAACCCACAAAAGCUGCAACAGAAGCCACCUCUCAAGCUCCUCGUCCGCAGGCUAAGAAAAAAUUCCAAAAACUCCCAGAAUCCGAUGAAGAAGAUGAAUUUGAUAGACGUGGGCAGAAUCCAUCUUCCUCAGGAUCAGGAUCAAUGUAUUUCCCAUUGAGAUUUGGCUCUACAAAUGGAGCUGCUAUUGCAAUCGCGAAUAGCUAUAGUCCAGGACGAGGGGGAAGUGCAGUGAGUCAUGCCACCGCCUACGGGAGUCCAAUUGAUGAGAAGAAACCUCGACAGAUUCCUUAGAAAAUCUCCUUCAAUUUGUGGAGCAUUUAAUUCUUUUUUUUUAAUAAAAAUUCGUGCAAUUUGUGAGUGAAUUUUGUGGAAUUUUCUUUGAGUGGAUUUUUAGGGGAGAGUGGGGUAAAGUGAUGUCUUUAAACGCUUUAAACAUUUGAGAAUUUCGGAAGAAUCUUUGCAAAGAAUUUUCAUUCUUCUUGCUUCACUCUAAAAUACUCUCAAUCAAACAUUUAAAAAAUUGUUAGAAUAUAAAGAAUCAAAAAAGAAUUUUAAAGGAAACUUUCGCCUUGGAAAGCUUCCUGAAAAGCAUUGAACUCUAUCAUUUAUUUCUCUAAAAAAACAUUUUUCAGCAUUAUGUUUUCUUCAUUAUAUCAAACUAACAACAGACAAAAUGAUGUCACUUUAGUAAUUCUUUCAAUAAACAUUCGUAGACAAA